UACAUCAUUCCUCCAGCUUCCAAAAACCCAAACUUUCUGUGAAAGCAAAAAUAUGGGUAGCAACCAAGCAGCAGUAUCAUUCCUCACGAACAUUGCACGCGCCGCCUUCGGUCUCGGCAUCGGCGCCACCGUUCUCAACUCCUCCCUCUACACCGUUGACGGUGGUCAACGCGCCGUCCUCUUCGACCGAUUCCGAGGAGUCAUCGAUGAUACCGUCGGCGAAGGUACUCAUUUCCUCGUUCCAUGGCUUCAAAAGCCUUUCAUCUUUGAUAUCCGUACUAGGCCCCACACAUUCUCCUCCGUCUCCGGCACGAAGGAUCUCCAGAUGGUCCACCUCACCCUCCGUGUCCUCUCACGCCCGGAAGUUUCACGUCUUCCCUAUAUUUUCAAAAACCUAGGUCUCGAGUAUGACGAGAAGGUUCUCCCGUCGAUCGGUAACGAGGUAAUGAAAGCCGUCGUAGCUCAAUUCAACGCUGAUCAGUUGCUCACUGAGCGUCCACAAGUCUCAGCUUUAGUUCGUGAGAGUUUGAUCCGUCGUGCUAAGGAUUUCAAUAUUGUGCUUGAUGAUGUGGCGAUUACGCACUUGUCGUAUGGUGCGGAGUUCUCUAAGGCUGUGGAGCAGAAGCAGGUAGCUCAGCAGGAAGCAGAGCGGUCUAAGUUUGUGGUGAUGAAGGCUGAGCAAGAGAGGAGAGCAGCUAUUAUUAGAGCUGAAGGAGAAAGUGAGUCAGCUAAGUUGAUUUCGGAUGCUACUGCAGCUGCUGGGAUGGGGUUGAUUGAGCUCAGGAGAAUCGAGGCGUCGAGGGAGGUUGCUUCAACCUUGGCUAAGACUCCCAAUGUGGCUUACUUGCCUAAGCAAGGCAACAUGCUUCUCGGUCUCAGCCCCACACGUUGAGUAGGUAAUUAGGUUUACUAUGUUGAGUGUUUUUUGAAAAUGAUCAUGUACUAUUUAAUUUGCUUCAAUAGUUACUAUGAAAUGUGCUGAAUGGGAUCAAGAAACAAUGGAAUAUAAAGUUAGAGAA